CAGGCUUCCUGUGUGGGUUAGCAGCUUUUACUUUCCUCCAUUACAUCUUCCGUGGUGAAUAUUAGUGUUUCUGCAGCAGCAAUGUCUUCAUUUCAGUCUCUGAGAGACUUUAUCAGGGAGCGACUGACCGCCGCUGCCGAGGAAAUAUUCACGGAGUUUGAUAAAACCAUCGUGCGGUUCGAGGAAGAGCUGAGUCAUCAUCGGAGGCUGCUGGAAAUCUGCUGGAACCCCAGAAUAAAGCUACACAGAAUAGACCUCACAAAGCCUUGUGUUUGGAAGGAGGAUGACGUUCUCACUGACCAUCAGCUCUCCAGUCCAGAGAUGAACUCCAGAUUGGACCUGAUGCAACCUUUAUCUAUCCAUGAGGAACUGGGGAAACCAGAUGCUCAACAGAUGAAAGAAAACCAAGAACUCGAACCACCACAAAUUAAAGAAGAACAGCAGAAAUCGAUGAUAAAGGAUGAACAGGAGGAACUCUAUAUCAGUCUGGAGAAAGAGCAGCUUGAACAGCGUUGGCCAACUGAUUCCUUCACAGGAGUCACUGUUCAUGAGAAAACAGAGAAGAGGAAACCAGAGUCAUACAAGGACCAACUCACCAUCCAGACUUCCGCAAAGCAUGAGAAACAAAACCAGGGAAGGAGCAACAAUGAAGAAUCUCGAUCAAGCAGAGCUGAGGAACCAGAAGAAAAGAGUUUUCAGCAUUUGAGAGCUGAAACUGGGAAUGUUGUCAGUCCAGAAGCAGAAUGGCAUGAGAUAAUGCACACAAAUUGCAAUAUUUCAGCUUGUAAUGUUUGUGGUAAAGUUUUUGCUCCUAAUUAUUUGAUUGAUCACAUGAGAAUUCACACAGGUAAGAGGCCCUUCUCGUGUCUGACUUGUGGAAAAAGCUUUACAACGGCGGCUACAUUGAAGGUUCACAUGAGAAUUCACACAGGUGAGAAGCCUUUCUCAUGUAUGACUUGUGGAAAACAUUUCAGUGAUAAAGCCUGUUUAUCUCGGCACAUAAGAACUCAUACAGGUGAAAAGCCUUUUUCAUGCUUGAUCUGUGGAAAAGGAUUUCUACAAAGAAGUAAUUUCACUGAACACAUGAAAACUCACACGGGUGAGAAACCUUUCUCAUGUCUGACUUGUGGAAAAAAAUUCAGCUCAAAAGCUAGUUUAUCUCGGCACAUUAGAACUCAUACCGGCGAGAGGCCGUUCUCAUGUUUGACUUGUGGAAAACGUUUUGGCGAUAGAGGAUGUUUAUCUCGGCACAAAAAAAUUCAUACAGGUGAGAGGCCUUUUUCCUGUGGGACUUGUGGAAGACGAUUUAUUCGAAAAAGUCAUUUGACUACUCAUAUGACAACACACCGAGGUGAGCAGGUACGAGUUUAUGAUACUUCAUUCAUGGAAGGGAAUUUGCCAGGAGGGAAAUUGAAUGUCUAACAAAACCAUUUAAUAGGUCUUAUUUUUAUCAUCACCAAAAUUUUCUAUCAUUGUAUGUAAUGGUGUUUUGUUCAUUCAUAUCUGUGUGUAAACUAUAUUUUCGACAGACUGAAUGAAAAAUUAAUGCAGCAGUGCCAAGUGCACUGUCAUGUCCAAUCAAGAAUUAUUCCGGUUUCUAGAAGUGAUAGUUUCCAAUGCAGCGUCAUUAUUGACUGUAGUGUAAAUAUAAAAGAGAUUUUCUUUCUUUUCUUUUUUUUUCUUCCAAAAAAACAUUAAAGCUCACAAUUUCUCUUAAAGAACUGAAAAAGUCCAGUCCUCAAGGGCUGUUGUCCUGCAACUUUUAGAUAUCGCUCUGCUUCAGCACACCUGGCUCCAAUAUUAGCUCAUUAGCAUAGCUCUGUAGUACAUGACUCCAUGCUGGACAGGCAAUCUCACCGCUCUGGCCCUGGAGGACUGUAGUUUGAAAGCACUGAUCUAAAUCUUAACAUAUGUAAACCUCCUCUAUUGAUUUAUGGUUCUACUUUACUCUUGUUCCCUUCUGAAAGCAGUGAAGACAAAAACAUUUUAAUGACCCUUCCUUGUACUUUUAAACUCCAAUCUAUAGUUUUUAACACAUUUACCACAAAACAAUUUAUUGCAUGUUUUUUUUUUUUUUUAUUUCAAACUAAUUACCCAUAAAAAUCCUUUAUCAUUGAAAAUCAAAACUUGUGUUAUCCUUCAUCUUGGAUGUAGAUAAGAGCUUUUACAUGAAGUAUAGCUACACUGGCAACCCCAAAAAAAAUUCACAUGACUAUUUUGAUUAAACAAUUGCAGUGUUUUGUUAUUGUGAGAUCUCAUGCGAAUCAGAAACAUCUUUACACCUUGUCAUCUCUCCUACUCUCUAUUCUUGUUCAUUUUUUCUGUAGUUCUGAACAGAAAAUAGGGAAGUAGUUACUACUUUUCCAGUUCCUGACUAACAUGCUGUCACCAGCUUGGGGCCUUCAAUUAUUCCUUUCAUCAGUAAAUUAAACCCAAGUUCAGUUAACUUCAGGUCCAAGAUGUGCUGGCACACAAACACCAGACUGAGCUCUAGAUGUCUGUGGCAAAAUGGUUGGAAAUAACUCUCUCACCAUAGACAAUAUGUGAAAAGCAAUGAUUCAGUAUUUGUGAACUGGAAGUGUAGACAGAUACUGACAUCUAGUGGAAAGAAGUCAAAUUACAUCUGAAAUUUGUGCAUCUCGAUGGCAUAUACAAUAUUUUUUAAUUGAUGGUCAAAUUCCUAUUCUUAUGUAUUUUCUGAUUCUAAUGCAAUUAAUCUUGUUUGUAUUUUCCUGUAAAAAACUUUAAAUUGUGCAUUAAAGGUGUUCCAAA